UGUUUGCAAGCCUACGAGCCUGCUGCCUACCCUGGCCCUCUACUGCUGGUGCUGGUUUUCUGUAUGUGUGUGAGUGUGAUGGUUUUCUAGGGCUAGUUCAAUGACUUUAAAACAUUUAAGGGAGAGGUAUGGUAAAAGACAAUCGUAAGACAUUGUACCUCACGAGGUUAAAAUAAAAUUGGUAAGAAAUUACGUGUCCACGAGUGUACAUAACUUUUUUUCGGAGGGAGUCAAUAUUUGGAACGCGCAGUGAACUGCUAUGGUGUGAUGACUGAAUACCAAGGUCUGACGGACGGCUGUUGGUUGUAAGUACCUCACUCCACCUCCAUUUACAUGUGUGGUCAGCAUUCGUGUGGCACACGUUAUUCAGGACCACACUGUUAACAUGGCCGACCGACAGUGUCAAGUGUAUUGUUUGUGAUUCUACUAUACAUCGACGUAUUAUUAUUUUUUUGUUUCCUGCAUAAUUAUUACAUUGUGAUAACAUUCUGGUCAUAUUUUAGAACAGUGAACAGAGUAUUUGAUUACACUAAAUAUUGAGCGCCGUUGGACUUCUAACCAAAUUUUGGAUAGCCAUAGGCCUAUAUAAAAUGCAAAACAAGAAUUAUAUGUAACAAGAAGACAAAUAUUUGAUAUUCACGUGCAACAGAAAUGGCGGCAAGAUACAGUGAGUUGCUAUUUUACUAGUGAUCUUUUCCUAUGUCAUAUUUUCAGCGGGCAAAAGUGUGCAAUUUCCGACAGAGACUCGUCAGUAGAAGUAACAAGCUCCACAUGUUUAUUCCAUACAAGUUACAGUAUUAUUGUUAUCGGAGUGGUCACAGCUGCCGUUGCAAGCAAUACGAUUCAAGUGCGUUGUUCCAACAGGUAAGCACAAAUGGUAGCGAUGGUCGUCGACGAUGCAAGAAGGCUACUACUGCAGAACAAACCACUAAGUCAGGCAGCUUCUACCACAACUCUUCUCAAGACGAACAACGCAACGAGGAACAGCUAGCAUUUUGUGCCUAGUAUGGCCGCUAGCAAAAUACCGAACAACAAUGUAGUUGCUGCAACGCGAUCAGAGUUCUCGUCACCAUCGCUUCCUUGUUUGCAUCGCCCCGUAUUGUGAAAACUAGGGAAGAAAAUAAAAAGAACUACGAUAUGAGGGGGUAGCAGGUGUAUGGCAUUUUUCAGCCGUUAUUAACAAGCUGGUACUGUAUUUUGAAACGUGAGCGUCACAAGAAGUUUGAUGCAAAUAUAUCGACUACGGUGAGUUGUUUUUACGUAAGACUUUUUAAUUUUUUUUAUUAUCGUUUUCCCGCGCUCGAAGAAGAUAUAUGUGUGUAUUUUUUCAUCAUCAAGAUUUUUGUAAUUCGUAAUUCAGAAUCCAGUGCGUUGGAUGCAGCUUCGGUCCAUCUGUUUAUGUAAAAUUAAAGGCGUGCGAGAGAUGAAGAGUCAACUAAAAUCUGCUACGUUGCACUUUACAGAAGCUGAAUCAUGAUGGUGAAGUGAAAACUUAAUCACCUUCCCCAUUUCCUGAAACCCACCCAUCCCCCCAAAAUUGAGAAGAAACAAGAAGUUUGAUACGUGUGUAAUGAAUUCUGUGCAAGAGUAGAAAAAAUAAUAAGUUUCGUGUAUUUUACUUGUGCUUAGACAGUGGCGGCGAAGUCGAAGAAGAUCCAAGAAGCCCCCGGGCCUCCCCCGCAUUCAUUAUUAUGGAAACUGUUCAACAAUCAGUUGUACAUCUUGAACAUGGUGGAAUGCCACCUCAGGCUCCGAUGGCAUACGCACAAAGGUCCCCAGCUCUUCACAGGUCUAUCGGUACGAGGCUGCGUAUGUACGACGUUUCUGAAAGGGCAUCACAACCAGGCGAUGGUUCACCAUACAAACCACAGCGCCAGUCAGCUGCUCCCAGUGGUGCUUCACCUCUGUCACCUGGUUCAGGGCGUGCAGGGGCUACCGGUUACCCUGGAUAUACGGGUGCCGCAGCCCGCGAAGCCACUGCUGCUGCAAUGCGCUAUGUACAACAGUCUCCAUAUGGUGGUGCCGUGCCCUACAGGGAUAAUCCUUACACCGUGCCCCGUAAUCCGGUGGUUGAACGCCAACAACAGCAGCAGCAGCAGCAACAACAUCAACAGCAGCAACAACAACCACAGGUAGAAUAUGGACGACCUGAAGGACCUCCACCCCAGUUGAGACCUCGCAUCUCACUGCUUCCACCGCAUACCACCGAGUACUUGGCUCUUCCUCGUACUAGGAUACAGCAGACGGAACAAUAUCGGGAUGGCAUGGUGCCUGCGUUGGUACCUGCUGGUGGUGCAGCUGUUCAGCUGGAUUUGGGACCACCGAUCAAAAAGAUUCGUUUUGGUGAGCCAAAGCCCGAAGUUCAGCAACCGCUCAGAAUCGAUACAAGAGAGCAGCCUGCAUACAACCCACAAGUGGAAGCCAUCUCGCCAACAUUGCCACCUGACUCGAUGCAGGCAGACGCUGACUUUCGAGCUACCAAGGAUGAGCUGCUACAGCAGAUCGGGAAGGUGGACCGUGAGAUCGCAAAAGCCGAAUCACAGAUCUCAAAACUGAAGAAGAAACAGCAGGAGUUGGAGGAAGCUGCAAGCAAACCAUCAAUAAAAAAGGAAGAAGAAGAGAUAGCGCAGCCAAAACACCAGAGCCCUGCUCAGAAGAUCUAUGCUGAUAAUAGGAAAAAGGCCCAAGAAGCACAUUCAUUGUUAGAGAAAUUGGGACCUAAAGUUGAUCUGCCUCUUUACAAUCAGCCUUCAGAUACAGCAGUCUAUCAUGAAAAUAAAAGAAGGAAUUUAACAUUCAAGAGAAGGUUGAUGGAGUAUUUCAAGCGGAAACACUCGGACCGCGAGAGCCGGGAGAAGUACCUGACUGCCACAUACUCAAAACUUAUGCAAGAAUGGCUUAGAAAAGUUGAGAAAGUGGAAGCAUCGCAGAAACGCAAAGUGAAGGAAGCCAAGAAUCGAGAAUUUUUUGAAAAGGUGUUCCCCGAGCUGAGAAAGCAACGGGAAGAUCGAGAAAGGUUCAAUCGUGUCGGCGCACGCAUCAAGAGUGAGGCAGAUCUGGAAGAAAUAAUGGAUGGGCUUCAGGAGCAAGAGAUGGAGGAUAAAAAGAUGCGUUCAUAUGCGGUGAUUCCACCAAUUCUUCUGGAUGCUCGACAGAGGAGGGUGACAUACGUUAACAACAAUGGGCGCAUUGAGGACUUCACUACAGAGUACAAAGAGCGCCAGCUGUUGAAUGUUUGGACAGCGACAGAACAUGAUGUAUUUAAAGAAAAGUAUCUUCAGCAUCCAAAAAAUUUUGGUGUGAUAAAAACGUACCUGGAACGGAAAAGUGUGUGUGAUUGUGUCCAACAUUAUUAUUUAAGUAAGAAGACUGAGAGCUAUAAGCAGUUGCUUCGAAAGUCACGGCAGAGAACGCGGGCGAGUCGCAACAAUCCUCAUGGGAAACCAUCAAAUGCAUCUCAGAAUAAUCUUGCGGAUGUUCUUAGUGGUCCAACAGGUGUUACUACUCGGUUACAAAGAGAACAGCAACAAAAACAGGAGCAGCCUAAUAGUAGUGCUUCAAACACUAAUAACAGUGCUAGUGCUACUUCUGCCAGUACAGCUCUGACAACAGCAGCAACAGUGUCGACGUCCAGUUCCACCAUCACUACCAACUCUACAACGCCGCCAUCCAAUGCCGUCACCUCAAAUUCAUCUACUUCCACAACCACUUCAGUAUCUGCAAUUACCACAGCCUCAGAACAGUCCCAACUGUCAGCGACAAUAACAGCCACAACGUCAACGACAGCGACUACCACAAACUCGGCAUCUUCGGUCACCGUGACGACAGUCGCUUCUUCGACAAUAGUAGCAUCGAUAUUAACUGUUUCUGUGACGUCAUCAAGUCCUGUUAUCUCCGUGUCAGCAACUGCCAGUGUGAAUGUUGUGUCCAGUAGUUCUGUUAGUAACGGCAACAACAACAAUAACAACAACAACAACAAUAACAAUAACAACAACCUCACACCUUCUAAGGAUCAGCAUCUACUCAAUGACAAGGAUGGUGUCGAUAAAGAGAAUAAGAAUAACAGUGAAGGAAAAAUUGAGAACAAGAAGAAGGAGCGCAGAAAAGAGGAAAAGAAGAAAAAAGAGGAAGUGGAGACAAGUGAUGAAGAAUGUGCUGACACACAAGAGAAGGGUGGUGCACAUCCAUGCAUAGUGUGCAAAGCACAGCUAGACAAGUUUCUGCAGUCACGCCCCUUGCCUCGAUCACAUGCUCCACAGUAUGGGUUGAAGGAAGAAGAAGUUACUCCGGGAGCACGGGUAUGCAACACGUGCCGUUGCAAGUCUGUGCGCAGCCGUUACACACAGUGUCCACUGCCUACUUGUCCGAAUGCCAAGGGCAGGAUCAAGCGACUGAGGCCUCUGCCCGGCAAAUGGACGGAACUCCCACCCGAGGUCAAGGACCCAGUCAUUACAGAAUUUCAAAUACCAGCACAGGUGAGCAAAUGCUGCUCUGCGUGUUUCAAUCGUAUCUCACGGCGGUUGGCCCCACAUCUUCAGGACUGUGCCAGCACACAAGGUGAAGAUGGUGAUCAUAGCAGCUCUCAGCAGCUGCGUUGGACCGAGGAAGAGAUGGAGGCUGCAAAAUGCGCUAUACGUGAGCACGGGACCAACUGGGCUAAAGUCGCAGAAAAGGUCGGCUCUAAUAAGACUCAGCACCAAUGCAAGAAUUUCUUCUUCAACUAUCGAAAGAAGCUCGGAUUGGAUAACUUGGUGCAAGAAUACAACAAGAACCAUUUGGGUGAGGAGAGGAAGCCUACAGUGACAGAUGAGGAAGAGUCUGGGUCAAGUACAUCUUCAUGUGAUGAGCUAACACCUGGUGGCAUUCCUCGCGAUAACAGUGAUACAGAUAGUGCUGCAUCACCGGGAAGUCGAGAACAGCCAGAUGACAAAGGAGGUGCAAGUGGCGUUGCGGUGGAUGGCAAACUCGGCGAACCAGACUUGCCAAACAGUGGCAAUGGUAGUAGCAAUGGAUCUGGUUCUGUGGCUGCUUUAAGAGUUGUUGAUGGUGAUGGAAGAACUCAAGGACAAGGGCAGCCUUCACAGGUCAAUGUUCCUGUAAAGGAGGAUUAUGAUAGUUCAGCCACGGAAACUGCAGAUGAAGGUCAGGGUGGAGCUGAAGGAGACUCUAGACAGUCCCCCAAAAAUAUAAGCAGCGGUGUUACCUUUCCUCAUUCAUCUGCCUCAGUCACCAUUAGUCAACCACAGACAUCAUCGCACCAAGGGGAGGUGAACGGACCCUCGUCACCAUUAAAUGUCCGAUCUGUAAAGGAUUUGAUGCUUGGCGUGAUAGAGAUGCAGAUCAAAAAGAAUCCAUGUGGUCAGGGUGUUAACACAGCUGUGAAUGUGGUGACCAGUGAAGGGACACCCACAAUCUCAUCGAUUCUCAAGACGGAUCAUCGGACAGAUAUGCUACGACCUUCCUCAGAUAAUUCCAGGGACAUCACUUUUGUCCAUGAAUACCGUGCAGACACAAAGCAGCAGCAGGCUUUGAGAGUGCAGCUACCUCAGGAAACAUCCUUAGCAACUUUGUCCGUCAUGAAUUCACAUCAUCAUGGUGGCAGUGUGCCAGGGAGCAGUUCUUUACAGCAGCAGCAUCUGGCAAUUUCCAAUAGUGGGACUUCUGGGACAGCCAUUCUUCAACAUGUUCCUCAGAUGCAAGCUACCAUUACACCUUGCUCUACAACUGCUAAUGACAUGCCUCGGGAAGGACUUGUCGUAGUGCAGGUCCAGCAAGUGCAAAGAGAGCGAAGUGAGAGGAAUGAGAGGACAGAGCCAGAAGGGGUGACCCUUGACCUGAGCAUCAAGAAGCCUCGUGAGUGCAGUCCUAGUCCGAUGGCCUCCAUGGUGCGCGAUUCUAGCCCAAUGGGGCCACGGGGUGAUUCGCCAUACCACCACCAUUCUCAGCAUCGGGACUCUCCCACAUUACCCGCCCACACUACACUACACAGCAUCAUCCCCCCUCCUCCUGCCCAUAAAUCUGGCCCACACCAUCCUUCACUCCCGUCAGUUACUGUAUUUCGCACCGAUACUGGCUACUAUCCACAUCAGGUGGUAGUAUCCACUGAGCAGCUUCGGAGUGUUUCCAAAUCUCCAUCUGUGUUUGUGUCUACUGUCCUGCCACAUUCGGAUAGUCGUGGUGGUGGCAGUUCUGUUUGUGGUGGCCCAACUCCUCAUCUGGUUAUGAACCAGCAACAACCUGCCUCCAGACCUGGGCCUCAGGGUCCCAUCACCAAACCAACCAAGGUACCUUCAUUGCCUCCGAAACCAUCUCAAAAAUUGCCCCCAGUUGGUACAAAGACUGGCUCAAUUACUCAUGGGACACCAGUGUCUUCAUCUGCAUCUCUUAUGGUGGGUGGACCAGCGUCAUUACAUCAGCAGCCUCGGUAUGAGGGCUUGCUUCGUCAAAUGACGCCUCCUCAGCAACAAGGAAAAGAAGGGGCUGCUUUAAGUGGUUCUAUCACCCAAGGCACCCCUGUUCAUCAUUCUCCACACCACCUGGCACCAGACAAACGUGCAGAUAGGGGUGGAUUGCCAUUAGUAUCACAAGGACAGGGAGCUGUGUAUGAUUAUUAUAAAAGACUUUCACCUGCUGCUGUAGCUCAGAAUGCUGGAAGCAAUUCCACAGGACCUGCAGGUAGUGGUGGACAACCAGGAUAUUCGCCCUACCAACGAGAGGUUCAAGCCCCACAAACCACCUCUGCUGGAGGUUUUACUUCACCAUACCCACAUCAGUCCACUAGGUCAGCUGCAUCAUAUGUUAUUGAUCAGCAGCGUCAGAUCAUUAUGAACGAUUAUAUUACAUCGCAGCAGAUGCAUGGUACUCGGAGAGUGCCUCCAGGAUCAAAUCCACCUUCCUCAGAGAAAUCCCAACAGGAUUCACCAUCACCCCGUGGUAUCUCAUCAUCUCCUCACUAUUAUUCCACAGCAAAUCCAUCCUCAGUGUACCUGGCAGCUGAUGGUAGGUUGCCACGAUCAUCACCCGCAAAUGCUGUUGGAAUGGAACAACCACAAACUCCUCCACAUCACACACCUCCCCCACAAACACGCCAGGGUGUUAUACACUCCACACCCAGGCACAAUGCAGCUCCAUCUAGGCCUCCAAGCAGUGGAAAUGGAAACCCCAAACCUCCAUCUCCAGCUGCAUCUCCACAUCAACGACUUCAUCACCUAACAACUCAUCUUCAGCAUCAUUCUCACCACUAUCCUCCACCUGGUCAUCCGCCACCAGGGCACGAGGCAUUUUCCUCUCUAGUGGAGAUGGCUGUCCAGCAGCCCAGUUUGCCUGUCCCUCAUAAGGAUUCAGACAAGCGUCAGCAACCUCAGCAACAGCAUCUUCUUCCUCAUCACCCACACCAUCAUGAAGGUCUUGGGAAGACUAUGGCUGAUUCCCUAAACAGUACUCGCAUGUUGACCGAUCAUCACCAGAUGCAAGACCGAGAAAGAUUCUCUGUCACUCGGGAACAACGUGAGCGCGAUGCCCAUCAUGCCGGCGAGCAGCAACGGUUUGCAGCGGCAAGAGAAAGUCACGCCGAACAACAGAGGUUUGCCGCAGCCGCAAGAGAGAGCCACCAUCCGGAACGCUACAGUCAGUCUACAAGGGAGAGGGAACAAGAGCAACAGCAGCGCCUUGUGGCCACAUCAAGAGAUCGAGAAACUCAUCAGAUCCAACAACACAGGGAGUUGCAGCAGCAGCAGCAAGUUCAUUUGCAACAGCAGAUACAACACCAACAACAACAACAGCAGCAGCAGCAGCAGCAGCAAGCAAGGUUAUCUGCUGUAGAGUUUGACCAGCGACAACAGAGGCACCAUCAGCAGCAGAUGGCGUAUCGUGCUGCUGCAUAUCGUGAACAUCCACGUGCCUCAGACUUUGAGCGAGAAACCACAAGAAUGUUGAUGGGUUUUCAGAGGGAUGGACCAUCUGCUGUACAGCCACCGCUACCUUCGAGGCUUCACGCUGCAUCGCAACAGGUGCAGCAUGGAAGUGAAGGAACUCGUGACCGUGAAGGUGUAACUCGGGGUGGAGGUAGUGGGAGAAGUUCGAGUGGUGGUAGUGGGGAUUCAUCAACUCUUACUGCAGCCAGCCUAAUUGAUGCCAUUAUUACACAUCAAAUUAACCAGAGUUCAACAGAUGGUUCAGGGAGUGGCAGCCAAGGGGGCACAUCUAACAGUCCUGCACCUACAAGGCCAGGAGAUAGGCUGUUUCAGAGCUUUCAUCGUGACCAGCAACCACCUUUAUCUCAUCAGCAGCAGCCGACGCCGCAGCCUCCGUCAUCUCUUCAUGUCCCUGAAUCAAAUGGAAAAGUGUCACCACUAAAAUCAUCUCAUAGCCCCAGUGUAGUUCAUUUGGAUCAAGAUGGCCCUCCAAGCAGUCAGGCUUCUGAUGGGUCUAGUAAAGCCAUUACUUUAGGCGAGCACAUUGACUCAAUUAUAACAAAGGACUUCAGUGGGAGUAGCCCCUCUCCAGGAAGUGCAGGUAGUGGUUAUGGUCAGCAGCAUCAUCAUCGUGGUGUGUACGCUUCCGGACCACACCAUCCGUAUCACCUACCUGCACCUACACAAGCAGUAGACAUGAUAGCAGAACACCAUAGCUGGAAACUGCGUAGGGCAUUGCAACAUAAGGAAAUGGAAGCUGUAAGGGAGCGUGAGAAGUCUGCAGCUUCGUCGAGGUCUAGCACACCGUCCAUGCAGGCUGAUGAACGCCAGAUCAUCAGGAUAGCUCAGCCAGCUUCUCCAAGAGGCAGCAAUGCUUCUUCUGGGGGUAAAAGUGCACAGUAUCAUGUUGAGCCGGUUUCACCUCCCGAGUCUGGCGGUGGGGGUGCCAGUGGUGCUGCUGGUGGUCAUCACUGGUUACCAGGUGGCAGUGGCAGUGCUGUAGGAAGUGAUCCAGUGGCAUUUCUGGCUCCUCGUCGAUUUUAUCCGCCUGAUCCUGGUGCGACUGGAAAAUCGCACCUCUCCCCGCUCGAUUAUGUCAAGAACCGAAUAGUGGAGGUGAUGCGAACGUCGGAGGAUGACAAGCCAGACCAAGCUUCACAACCACCACAACAGCAACAACAAAGGCAUCAUCAGCAACAGCAUUUUGCUGUUGGUAAACAGCAACCACGUUCUGGUACAGCAGAUGCUAAUGGGAGCAAUUCUGAGGAAAAAUCUGGAUCACAAUUUCCUGUUACUGAAGGAACAGAACAUCAACUUCGAAUGAAUGACGAUGAAUCUAGGCACCAGAAUCAGCGCCAAGAUGGUGAAGUGCACCUAAGGAGUGAAGGUGCAGUGAAGGUUGUGGAGCGUCGAACAGACAGUGACAAGGGGAGGGAUGAGGGUAGAGGGAGGUGUGACAGCCCAGGAGAAAUGGUGAUAGAUGAGGGUACGCCUGUGACCCCACAAAGUUCAGGUACUGGAGAGGGCUCGAGUAAACUAGAUCCCAUAACGACCAGUUCUUCUAAGGUUCCCUCUCCAGCUAGUGUAGAUGGAAGGGUAGUGAGUGGUUUUCCUCAGUCAUCUCCUUCACCAGCAAAUAAUUCAUCUGCUCCAACAUUUUCAGUGACUGCACCAGUAACAACUGCGCCUUCAUCUGUAGCUGCUGCAUUUGUCCCAACGUACCCUUUCUCAGCACUCGGUGUUCUAUCUGCUGCACGAUCUCCAAAUUCUGGUCAGACGCCAACCCAAGCCCAGACAAGC